AAAAGGUCCGGAACCAUCUCGACAACGACAUUCACAGCCAUCACGUUUUCAGCUUGAGCUCUCUCCCACAUUUUUGGACUCUCUCGCCAGAAUUUCUCCAUUGCUUCUUCUCCUGCUGUAUAACUCAAGAAGCAAAGCCACGUCUCUCUGUGAUUUUUGGAAACGAAAAUGAGAGGUUUUAGUAUAUUCGUAUCUAGAUCUUUCCGCGACUCUCCUUUGCUCUCCAAGUUUGUUGUGGUCUGCGCCGUCAGUGGUGGGGGCCUUGUGGCUUAUGCUGAUGCGAACUCAUCCAAUGGCGUACUUGCUAGGGCACCACCACCCGAAACGGUGAGUAAGAAAAAGAAAGUGGUGGUGCUCGGAACUGGUUGGGCAGGAACAAGUUUUUUGAAGAAACUAAAUGACCCCUCAUAUGAUGUCCAAGUGAUUUCGCCUCGCAACUACUUUGCAUUUACUCCCCUGCUACCAAGUGUUACGGUUGGUACAGUGGAAGCUCGCAGCAUUGUUGAACCUAUUCGUAAUAUUGUCAGGAAGAAAAAAAUGGAUGUUUGUUUCUCGGAAGGCGAGUGUUUCAAGAUUGAUGCAGAAAACAAAAAAGUUUAUUGCCGAUCGAAUGAAUAUAACAAUUUGAAUGGGAAAAAAGAAUUUGUGGUAGAAUAUGACUACCUUGUAAUAGCCAUGGGAGCUCGCCCAAAUACAUUCAACACACCUGGUGUCGAGGAGCAUUGCAAUUUCUUGAAAGAGGUUGAAGAUGCUCAGAAGAUUCGUAGGAAUGUCAUUGACAACUUUGAGAAGGCAAGUCUGCCAGGUUUAACUGAGGAGGAGAGGAAGAGAAUUCUUCAUUUUGUGGUGGUUGGUGGUGGCCCCACUGGUGUGGAAUUUGCUGCAGAGCUUCAUGAUUUUGUUAAUGAGGACUUGGUCAAAUUAUAUCCUGCAGCCAAAGAUUUUGUAAAAAUAACACUUCUCGAGGCAGCAGACCAUAUUCUGAACAUGUUUGACAAAAGAAUCACAGAGUUUGCUGAAGAAAAGUUCAAAAGAGAUGGCAUUGAUGUGAAAUUAGGCUCCAUGGUUGUGGGAGUAUCUGAUAAAGAAAUAUCCACUAAAGUAAGGGGGAAUGGAGAAAUUGCUUCCGUACCUUAUGGAAUGGUUGUCUGGUCAACUGGAAUUGGAACUCGUCCAGUCGUAAGGGAUUUUAUGAAGCAAAUUGGUCAGAACAACAGGCGUGCUUUAGCAACUGACGAGUGGCUGCGAGUUGAGGGAUGUAACAAUGUUUAUGCACUCGGUGAUUGUGCCACAAUCAACCAGCGCAAAGUCAUGGAAGAUAUCUCAGCAAUAUUCAAGAAGGCAGACAAGGACAAUUCCGGAACACUUACGGUAAAAGAAUUUCAGGAAGUCAUUAAAGACAUUUCUCAAAGAUAUCCCCAAGUGGAACUUUAUCUGAAGAACAAGAAAAUGAGCAAUAUUGUUGAUCUGCUGAAGGCUGCCAAAGGGGACGUUGCAAAAGAAUCCAUUGAACUGAAUAUUGAGGAGUUUAAAACAGCUCUUUCUGAAGUGGAUUCUCAGAUGAAGAAUCUCCCAGCAACCGCACAGGUUGCAUCUCAACAAGGUGCCUACCUUGCCAAAUGCUUCAACCGCAUGGAAGAGGCUGAGAAAAAUCCGGAAGGCCCUAUUAGGUUCAGGGGAGAAGGUCGCCAUCGGUUUCAACCUUUCAGGUAUAGGCAUCUUGGGCAAUUCGCUCCACUGGGAGGUGAGCAAACGGCAGCACAACUACCUGGUGAUUGGGUUUCAAUUGGACACAGUAGUCAAUGGCUUUGGUAUUCUGUCUAUGCCAGCAAGCUAGUGAGCUGGCGCACAAGAGCAUUAGUGAUAACGGACUGGACAAGGCGUUUCAUUUUUGGGAGGGAUUCCAGCGGCAUUUGAGGCCAGCUAACAACAGAUUCUUGAACCUGCGGAACCUGAGCACGUGCUGUUAAUACAACUGGUAGCAACGGAAAAAAUUUUGCUCACAUUUUUGCCUUAUUCAAUUAAUUUAAUGACCAUAUAUAUGGAAACCCGUCGUUAGUUUACCAGUAAUUCGGCAGAUAUAUUUGGAUGUUUAGUUAAAUCUCUGAGUUGUCACCUCUACAUCGGUAAUAUUCUUAUUGUUCCUGAUUUUGCUGCUAAGAUAUUUUAAUUAAAGAUCUGAAUUUUUCUUUUUGAAAGGAAAAGAUCUGAAUUUUGAA